CUGAAUGCCUUUUUCAUUUCGAAUUUUUUCUUUUCGCUUUCUCGCCCCCUCGUCUCUUCCCCUUCCUAUUUUUCCAGCGGCGGAUACCUCGGUGAGUUAGAGAUCUGGAGUCAUGGCGAUUUUGAUUGGGAGUUCUCCUUCGAUGCUCGCUUGAGGGCUUGGUGGUCAGGCAGCCGGAGUUCUUCUCUCCCCGUCGCUGCAUCUCUCCUCUGUUGCUAUUUCCCUUUCGGUUCCCUGUUGCUCAGAUCUGUGGGUUGCUCGGGUGUUAUGAUCUGUAGGGUUAUGUGAUGUUGUGCUUUGGGGAUCGAGUGUUGUGAUCUGUGAUGUGAUGUGUUGGGCUCUUGUGAUGUUUCCCCUUUGGUUAGGCGCCCGUGUGUGUUUGCCUGAUCGAUUCUGUUUGCGUCAUAGUGAUUCUUCAGUUAGUUCAUUUGGAUCCUAGUUGUAGCUGCUAUUUUUCUUUAGUUGGUAUCCUGAGUUUUGUUUAGUUAUCUCCGGUAGUAGCUGUUAAUUUUUAGAUCUAGCAUGCUUUGGUACGAGUUGAGUUUGAUUUUGGUCUCUGAUGUGAGGGGUUGGUCUCCCAUAGUACGUUGCGCUGUUGUAUUGCUUGGAGAAUUAUAGGUCCUCAUAGUACUUGGCCAGCUCAUGCUGUAGUUUUUGCUGCUGGGUAGUAGUACGUGGCGCUGUCGUAAUUCUCAUUUGUCUCUGUCAUGGCAUGGUAGAGGGUUCAGUUUCUCCAGUGUAAUAGUUGCUUGCCAUUUGUUCUCUAAUGUACUCCAUGUAGGCAGGGGUGGUAGUUCUAUGGGAAUUUUAGGUGCUUGCCAUUUCUUUUAGUAUUUACUGAAGCUUUGCCUCUGUAAUUUAAGUUGGUUUGCCACUGUAUUAUAUGAUGCCUAUAACUGUACUAGCCUUGUGAUUCUUGCUUGCUAGUCAUUCUAAUUCAAGUGUAUCAGAACUGUAAUUCUAGUAGUUUGUUUUUUUAGACCGGCACCGAAUCGGUGCCGGACUCUCUUGUUUGGGUAGGAGGGCCUCUGUCUUAUUUUGUAUGUCACAUACACGGCAGGUGGUCUCCUAGAUUUAGUUAGGUCCAAAUUAAGUGGUUUUAUUCAGGUUGGAUGUGAGAAAGCCGCAUCAAUGUUCAGGCUGGGUUCGUUCAGUAGCUAGGUUUGGUUUACUAAUUGGCCAUUGCGAGUUGCGACUAGAGUUAAUCUUAUGCUCUGUAUGGUCGCUGGAUUUCUUGUGCAUUUGUUUGUUAGUGUUGGCUUGUUUCAUCUCAAAUUUGUUGUUUAUUACUGAAGAUGAAGAUUGUUGGACUUGACUGAUCUUUUGAGUCCUAUUUUUUAUCUACUGAAGAAAAUGGCAUGCUCCCUUUGGUAGGCAAAGCAUAUAAUUGUGGUGUGUGAAGUUGUAAAAUGGAAUUAACGGGAUAAUAAGAACGAGAACAUGGAACAGUACUAGGUACUUGUAUUUGUGAUUAAAUCGGUUGAUGUGUAUGUUGAUUCAGUAUAACAUUGUCUGUUUGUGUUGAUGCUAGCUAUGCCACAAUUAUAUAUCAUAGGUUAUGACUGUUUAGUCCUGAUUUCCUAGUUUUUUCCUGGUAUGUACUGUAAUUUAUGUUGUCUGCCAUUGUAAUUUCAAUUGUUCACUUUUGUAAAUUUUGAUUGCUUUUAAUGUAAUUCGAGUGAUCUAGCUUUGUAAUUCCAGUGGUGUUAUGAGUGUAGUUCUAGCACUUUUUUUCUUGGUUUCUACUGUAAUUUUAGGGGAGUUCCAUUGUAAAUCGUUUGUAAUUUUUUGAUUUAUUUCCGCAGUGAUAUCUCUAUAUUUUGCAGUGGCUUACUAGUGUAUUUUUUAUCAAUUACGACUGUAAUUCCAAUGGUUAUAGGGAUCUAGCUCUGUAAUUCCAGAGAUGUAGCUUUGUAAUUCUAGUAGUUUUAGUAUUGCUGAUGAUUGUAAUUCCAGUAGUUUUAUUCCUGGUUACUACUGUAAUUGUAAGUGAGUUCUAUUUCUAUACCAAUGUAAUUCUAGAGAUGUAGCUCUUUAUUUCCAAUAGUAUAUUGUUUUAGAGUGUAGUUUCCAAUAGUAAAUAGUCAGCUGUAUUUUAUCAGUAUUUUUAGUGUAAUAUCAGAGUUAUUUUAUUGUGAUUUCAGCUUGAACGUGUGUAAAUGUGAGAUUGCUCCUGAGUGUUGUUUUCUUAUCACUAGAUUGCUCCGGACUGCCCUUUUCUUAUCACUUUAUUUACUCUGUAAAUCUUAGUUUUUGCUGUUAUUUGUAAGUGAGAUCACAGUGUUAUUGUUAGUAUAAUUUUAGUCUUUUUACUAUAAGUUGUAAGUGAAAUUACAGUGCCAAUUGUAGUGUAAUUUUAGGUUAGUUACUCUAUCUUUGUCAGUGUUUUUACUCUUUAAUUCUUAGUGGAUUCUUUUAGUGCAAUGACUCCUAAUCUUUGAGUUUACUCAGCAAUUUAUAGUGGAUUUCUUAGUGUAAUUACUUUAUAUUUGUAGUGUAAUUACUGUAUAAUUCUAGUGUAAUUACUCUAUCUCGUCAGUUCUUUUCACACUGCAAAUUGUAGUGGAAUUCACACUGUAAUUGAGUGUGAUAAUCUCUGUUUCAUUGAUUUACACUGUAAAUUCUAGUGGAAUUGUAGUGUGGUGUCACCAUAAUUUUAUUAAUGUAAUUUAUUCCCCUCGCUGCGUGCUUGAGCAGGUUGGUGGUCAGGCGUCCAGCGCUCUCCCAUCAGUUGCGCCGCCGCAUCUCCCGGCCGAGGUUUCUUACCUUGACCAUGUGCACUCUGGGUUGAAUUAUCUUCCUGACAGCAAGCCUAGAAUUCUGGUAUGGAGAGGUAACAAAGUUAAGGAUUUCUCGGAAUUACAUAAGAGCAACAGUCGUUCGUAUGGCAAGAGGCCGUUGAAGCGUUUAUCACCAUCAGUUUACGCACAGAAGUCUUGUGAAAAGUUUUCAUGUUCAGUAACAAGUGGUGCAGCUACCUAUAGUAUCCCCUUUGCCAAUAAGAUUUCAACAUCAGAAGUUCAUGCUCCAGCUGUUGAUAAUGUCUCUUUUGCCUGUAAAGUUGAAACGGCUUAUGCUUCACGGUUUGGAAAUGAGAAGACCGGUUCAGAGAAAAAUGUCAGCGCGCGUCGCUAUAGGGGUGAGCGGCAUGCAUGGUUCGCUAAAAUGCACCAAUCUUGAGCUUGGACCUCGUUAUCACGCUGAUGGGCAGUACGUCAGUGCAGAGAUUUUGUCAAACUAAACUCCAUGGCAAGUUGCAUUUUCCUUUCUUAGACGAUUGCUUCCAUGAGAUGGUUACCUACUAAUGAACAGACAGUUCUGUUUCCUCAAGUUGUUAAUCGAGCGCCGAGGCCAGGAGCAGAAGAGUACCAUGGUGAUCAGCUUCAGUUGCCCGGCAAGUAGUAGAAAACUGACAUGGUUUUUGGCCUUACUGUUCAUAAUGGCUCGAGUCUAUGGCCAGUCUACUUCUGGGUUCAUAAGCAUCGAUUGUGGAAACAGUAACACCUACAACGACAUCACAACAGGAAUACAGUACCAGUCAGACGUUGGAUUUGUCGAGGGCGGUUUGAGCUACAACAUUUCAGCGGAGGCUCCUGUGGCGAAUGAGCAACAAAAAACCCUGAGGAGCUUCCCUGAAGGAUCACGAAAUUGCUAUGCGCUGCCAUCCAGCAUUGGUAAGAAGUAUCUGUUGAGGGCCACAUUUACUUACCGCAACUAUGAUGGGUUGAACAGGACUAUGGACGGGUCACCGUUUCUGUUUGGGCUACAUAUCGGCGUCAAUUUCUGGGAGACGGUGAACUUGACGAAUUGGAAUGAUCCGCUAAUGAAGGAGGUGCUCACCGUUGCUCCGGGCGACUCCGUGUCGGUCUGUCUGAUAAACUUCGGUACAGGGACUCCAUUCGUGUCUUCGUUGGAGCUGAGGCCACUGCAAGAUGCGAUGUACCCUUUUGUGAAUUCUUCGGUGUCAAUCAGCUACUUUAAACGGUUCAGAUUUGGUAACAUCACUGACCAUAUCACAAGUCAAUUACAUGAAAGAAGUCAAGAAGCACUACAAUUUGGCACGAAUAAAGAGAGUAUUCCUGGAAAGGUUUGACUUGCGACUACCCUAAGAGCAACCAGAAUCCAAGAAUUGUUGCAGUAAAUCUGUCUACCAGCGGACUGAAAGGUGGAUUUUCCGUAUCGUUCAUGAACAUGUCAUCACUGGAAAACUUGGAUUUAUCUUACAACAAUUUGACGGGAGCAAUUCCAGACUACCGAAUACGGUCACUCAGAGUCCUCAACUUGUCAAAUAACCAGGACCAAUCCCUGAUUUUGUUCUUCAAGGUUUUCAGGCCGGUCUGCUUGACUUAAGAUUAGAAGGCAAUCCCAUAUGCUCAAAACUCAAAGAUACAUACUGCUCAAAUAAGAAGAACACGAUGCAUAUUAUGCUAACCGCAGUGAUAGUUCCUGUGGUAGUGGUAUCCCUCCUAGUAGUGAUGUGCAUACUCUGGAAGUUAUGCUGGAAAGCGAAAUCAGGAGACCAUGAGGAUUAUGCUAUGUAUGAAGAGGAAACUCCACUACAUAUUGAUAUCAGGCGGUUCACAUACGCAGAGCUGAAGCUAAUAACAAGUGACUUCCAAUCAAUCAUUGGAAAAGGAGGUUUCGGUAUAGUUUAUCAUGGCACACUAGAAAAUGGUGAUGAAGUAGCUGUGAAGGUGCUUAUGGAGACAUCAAUAGCAGAGGCAACAGACUUCCUCCCUGAGGUGCAAACCUUGUCCAAAGUUUAUCACAAGAACCUUGUGACUUUACAAGGAUAUUGCCAGAACAAGAAGUGCCUAGCACUCGUUUAUGAUUUCAUGCCCAGAGGAAAUCUUCAACAGCUUUUAAGAGGAGGAGACGACUAUAGUUUGAAUUGGGAACAACGACUUCAUAUUGCACUGGAUGCUGCACAAGGACUGGAGUAUCUACAUGAGUUAUGCACCCCAUCAAUAGUGCACAGAGAUGUGAAGACCCCAAACAUCCUUCUGGACAAGAAUCUAGUGGGGGUAAUAUCUGAUUUUGGGCUUUCACGGGCUUUUAAUGAUGCUCACACACACAUAUCUACUGUUGCUGCUGGCACUCUUGGCUACCUCGACCCUGAGUACCAUGCAACUUUCCAGCUCACAGUCAAGACAGACGUUUACAGCUUCGGCAUCGUGCUCUUGGAGAACAUCACCGGCCAACCCCCAGUAUUUAUGGACCCUCAAACUGUCCACCUACCAAAUUGGGUGCGGCAAAAGAUAGCUAACGACAGCAUUCACGACGUUGUAGACAAGAAACUGCUGGAUCUGUACGAUGCCGGUUCCCUGCAGAGUGUAGUGGACCUUGCCAUGAACUGCGUGGGGAAUGCAGCCAUCGACAGGCCGACCAUGACCGAGGUUGCUUGAAGGCUUAAAGUGUGGUUGCCAGCGGCUUCUGGGACCCCUCGACGUACGUACUCCAUGGAUAGUGAAAUUCCAAGGCAAUUCCAGCUGAUGAUUUCAGGAGCACGUAACGAGGGGAGCUCUUUCCAGUCUGGCUAUACCAAUGGGAUGUCACAAAUGAGCCUCUUUUCUGGACGUUGAAAGGGAAACGCCUACUGUGUUAUUGUUUUAUAUACUUGCUUAGAUAAUGUUUGGUAAUUUGCUUUACUGCAUCGUCAUUGACUGUCUCGCAAAUCGGAAUUCAGUACUUGUAUCAUUUUCAGUUUGUAACGAAAUUCAGUAACUUCCCAGCAAAAAAAAAAAGAAACUCGGUAAUAGGAACAUUUCCAGUUUCUAAUA